AUGACCUGGAUCUCGAAGGCAAUCUCUUCCUUCGGCCUGCUGCUGGUUGCUCAUGCCUGCUAUUCAGCGCAGGAGCAUUCGGCUCUGCAAUCACUUCGAGCCACCAGCGCCACCCUUGCAUCAACAGCACCGGCUUCCUCGGCGUUGCCGGUUGACAUUUCAAUAGAGACUAUUGUGGGCUUGGUCGUUGCGAUAGUGGGCCUCGUCCUCGCGUCACCAAACCUACGACCUAUUCAGUGGCGUGUCUGGGCAGGAAAGAUCGAGCGAGAGGGACAAGAGGGCUUCUUGAAGAGCAACGGUGAACUAGAGAAGGAUUACGUGGGUAAUCCGUUCCGGCUACUGGAGACGAGGCCCGGCUUCGUGGACAUUCGCAAGCAAAGGAAGGAGUUCGCGCAAUGGGUGAAGAAUGGCAGCGAGAAAUGA